AUGGAGGUGGUGGUGGAAAAGGAGAAGGCGGCGGGUAUGGUGGUGGUGGGAUUGGUGGUGGAGGUGGAGGAGGUGGUGGUGGUGGAGGUGGAGGAGGCGGCGGUGGUGGCGCGGCCGGUGGAGGAUAUGGUAGAGGCGGUGGAGAGGGUGGCGGCACCGGAGGCGGCUAUGGCGGUGCCGGCAGUGGCUAUGGAGGUGGAGGUGGGCAUGGUGGAGGCGGAGGUGGGGGUGCCGGAGGGCCUGGCGGCGGAGGAUACGGAGGUGGAGAAGGUGGUGGUUCCGGUGGCGGCAGUGGGUACGCCGGCAAAGGUUAUGGUGGCGGUGAGGGCAGCGGCUAUGGGGGAGGCUACGGCGGGGCACGUGGUGGCUAUGUGCCGUAGAAGUGAUUAA